CAGACUACAAUGGCGGAAACGAUGCACUGUCGUAGUGUCAGGCGCGAGGCCUAUUUGUUAAUUUAAUAACAACAGUUCUUUUUUGUUGGUUAUUUAAGUUAUAGUAAUUGAGUUUAGUUUGUAAAACUCACUACAUUCAUGAGUGUAAUUAGACGUUUUAGAACUUAUCGGUAGCAAUGAACGGGUUAAGUUUGAGUGAAUUGUGUUGCUUAUUUUGUUGUCCACCUUGUCCAUCAAGAAUCGCAGCAAAAUUAGCUUUCUUACCACCUGAUCCCACAUACAGCUUUCAGUCUGAUGAAUCUGGAUCCAAGUUUCAAAUCAGUCUCUCAGACAGAGCGGAAUGGCAAUAUUCAGAACGUGAGAAGGAAAAUAUAGAAGGCUUCUUUGCAAGGACUUCAAGAGGCAAUAGAAUUGCAUGUCUUUUUGUUAGGUGCAGUGCUAAUGCUCGGUUUACAAUAUUGUUUUCACACGGUAAUGCAGUUGACUUGGGGCAGAUGAGUAGUUUUUAUCUAGGCUUAGGAACUAGAAUCAACUGUAACAUAUUUAGUUACGAUUAUUCAGGAUAUGGAGUAAGUACAGGCAAACCCUCUGAAAAGAACCUGUAUGCUGAUAUUGAUGCGGCCUGGCAAACAUUAAGGACAAGGUAUGGGAUAAGUCCUGAAAAUAUAAUAUUAUAUGGACAAAGCAUCGGAACUGUACCCACAGUGGACUUGGCAUCAAGAUAUGAGGUUGGUGCAGUUGUUCUACAUUCACCGCUGAUGUCAGGCAUGAGAGUGGCCUUUCCUAAUACGAAAAGGACGUGGUUCUUCGAUGCCUUUCCUAGUAUUGAUAAGGUUCCCAAAGUGACGUCGCCUGUCCUGGUUAUCCAUGGGACAGAAGAUGAAGUGAUCGACUUCUCUCACGGGCUGGCCAUCUACGAGAGAUGCCCGAGGGCCGUGGAGCCUCUGUGGGUCGAGGGUGCAGGUCACAACGACGUAGAGCUUUAUGGCCAGUACUUGGAGCGGUUGAAGCAGUUUGUGUCUGUGGAGCUUCUCAACUGACAGUUGCUGCCGAGUGAACGGGACGACCCUCUCCCUCCAUCCACCAUGAGCUCAGCCACCAACAGCUCCGUCACCGAGAAACUCCUCUAGCCCCCCAUCCACCCACCUGCGCCGACGAUGCCAGUGAAUUUCAGAGUAUUUUGUUGGAUAUAUUUUUAUAACCUUGGAAAUGCAUGAAAAGACAAGGUACCUGGGUGCCGGCUGGACUGUUUGGUUCGCGCAGAAAGUGAGGUUAGGUUCGAUGUCGUCUACUGUCGCUGGUCCAGUUGGCACCUCACCACCAGAACAUAUUGCAUUUGACAAUUAGCUAUAAAUAUAAUAUAUCACAAUAUUAUGUACUCUCAGUUGUGUACGAUGAGAGUUGAUUUCUAAAUCUGUAGCUGUUCGUAGGCAUAAGCGGUUAUUUUGUACUCUUUUAGUGCCACUAAAUAUAUAGAACUAAUAUUCUUUCAUUAUAUAUAGUGUUUAAAAAAUUUCAUUAAGCCGCAGAACCAAAAUAGUUAGUACAACUCAAUCAUUCAUUCAUCAUUACAAAGUAAAGACAUUUCUGAAACCUGAUAAGUGUUUUAAAGAUGCAAAUUCAGAAAGUGAUUGUAUACUUAAUUUUUCUGCAAAAUUAAACACCAGGGAGAUUGUGUCUGUAUAAAAAAAAUAGCAAGAAAAUGGCAUUAUAAAUCUGUUUAGUUUUUUUAUAGAUAAUCCUUAGUAAAUUUGUUUUAAAUUAAGCUUUUCACAUUGUUGCAGUCUAUAAUGUUUGAUGACCUAUUCUAAUUAAUUAAAAUGUUGACUUAAAAACUAGAAAAGUGAAAUGGCCAUGAAGAUAAAACAAUUACCAAAAAAUCUAAAUAGAAAUAUUUUAAAUUAAGAAUUCAUCAAGUCUGUUAUUUACCAUUCUUCCAUUUGGCCCAAGAGAAAUCUAUUUUAAGAGUUAGAAAAAAUGUUACAUUUCAGUGUUCUAUAAGUUAAUUAAAUAUCUCUGAGAAAUAGUCUUGAUUAAUUAAAAAAGAUUAUUUGUUAUAUUAACAAGACACAGAAUUAGUUCAUUGUAAUUUAUUGCAGAAUGUUAAAAAUUAAUUAUGAUGGGACAACACAACUUUUCCCAAUCUGUUUUUUGUUAUCUAGACACUAUCUGGCAAACUUUCUAAUUAUUUAAACAAUUGGUUAUUAUAUUCAAUCAAUCGUAGUGUAUUUACACAAAAUGAAUGGGGGCGUACUUGUGCCAUUGGAAGGUCUUGUAUAAAUGUUUUAGUGGUACUAAAAGGGUUAGCAAUUUUAAUGGAAAAACUUCCUAAAUUAAACCAUUUCAAUUUAUAUAUCUGUUAAGUUAUACAUAUUAUUAUACUCUAUAUUGUAUUUGUUUAUCUCGUGGUUUUCGUAUGGUUCAAUAUUGUUUUAUGUUUUGUGUAAAUUUAAAUGUCUCUGGGUAAGAUAGAACAAAACGAUUUGCUUAACAGUUCCAAAACACUCAGUAAAAGCACAGCAGCCAUUACAGUAAUCAUUCAUCGGCGUAAUAAUAUUGUCUUCACUCAGUCUCAGAGGUUUUGUAGGUUCUGUUAAGAUCGAGGUAGGUGUUUAGAUUAAAGUUUUGGUUUUGGGUGUGUGUAGUAGAAAAAAACCAUUGUGAAAAUCUUCCAUAUAAAUAAACAGUACGUAAGUAGACAUUGUUGAUGUAGUUGUAGCUAUUCAAGCAUUCCAAUGUAUAAUAUGGUAAUGUAAUGUUAUUGAAGGAGAAGUUAUAAAUCUGUAAUGAAAUCACUUUUAAUUUUUGAAAUUUAUUUUACAUAAUUUAUAAUAGUAUCUUAUUAAUUCCUUUCAGUGGAUAAUAGGUAUUUUUUAAUACAGGGUGAUUCACGAAGAUAUGCGAAAACUGUGGGAGCUCAUUC